AUGAUAAUAUCUUUACGGGAACUCAUGACUUGGACUGGAUUGACCAUUUUUGAGUUGUGGUCGACUUUUGCCGCUGUUUUAGUUUCUUCUGUAUUAUUGGUAUGUUCCUCUGUAUCAAUUCUGCUCAAAUCUCCAAAAAAUACAGGUUAUAAAACUCCAACCGCUGUACGAACUGUCCUAUUGGAUCGUUUUUGCACCUUUGUUACUGGCCUCCAUUUGCAAUUUCUACUUCAUCUUCAUAGUUUUGAUCCGAUCAGUGAUCGACUACAAAGAUUACAAAGGACCGAUACUAAGGUAAGCUUCCGACUAUUUUCUUUUUAUUUUCUUUUGUUUUUUUGCAGGUUUGCUUUCAACACUUUCCGACAAGUGAUGGUGACUCUUUUCUUGAUACUUCUCUGCUACAAAAUGGAAGGAGAUUUGAAUCAAAACCAAGUUGCUGUGAAAUCGAGUUAUGGAGUUGUUUUUCUUCCAAUUUGGAUCUUAAUGGCUGGCUUGGCCAUACAAAUUUGUAGAUUAUUUUGA